AUGGUGGCCUUCCUUGUCCUCAAGGGCCAUGUGGAGUUGCUGGAGCAAAAACACAGCAAUUUUUCUGAACAAGAGCAAAAACUGAUGGUCGCUCAAAGCAUCGCAGCAGUCUUGCAGCCCAAGUCCAUUGGAUGGUUUCUUCUUUUGCCGUUUGUGGAGAAGGGGGGUGAUACAACCACCAACGAACCAAAACAGUAUCUCCAUGACUUUCAGAGUGCACACCCUGGGUGGGAGAAUUGGGACGACGCCCCCACUCUCUUCAAGCAGCCAGACUUGUUCAAACGAGUCGAGCUUUUUGUUGGCUUCCAAUCACUCAUGUCGAAUGUUUGCUACAUUGCAAGUGCAGCAAGUAUGAUCCUUUACUACAUGCAAUUGACAACAGUGACCAAAGGGGAUGAAGCCAUCCAGCGGUACGGUCUCAACAUUGGACGCUUCAUGCGAAAUAACUUGACCGAGGAGCGGAUUUUUGAAAUGGUUUUCAAAGGGCAAGGAGGGUACCCAGGAGCGGACAUUCUUGAUCGCCUCCUUGUUCUUUGCCACACCGCACCAAAUAUGGGAAAGAUCGACACUUUAACAAUUACCGGUAUGAAGGGUGCCCCUCCUGAUUGGAUUUUCUGGAGUGUCCAUUGCAAACUUUCUAAUCGCGGCGCUCUAUUGGUGGAUGACUUUCCGCUGUUUGAUGAAUACCUCGACGCGGCGAACACCGUAUUCAGUGGAAACUGGAAUGACAAGAAACAGUCAGACGACCUGAAAAACCGCUUUCGCGCUUUCUUAAUAGUUGGGGUCAAACGAACAGAUGACGGUGGGAUGGGCGGCGUCAAGUUCUUUUUGCAAGAUACAUUUCCGGAACGCCCCUUCAUCGAGGUGGGGUGGGAUUUGCUGAAAAGUGCGGGGAUCGAUCGACUUCAAGCCAUUGCCCCCCGAGUAACGUUUGAAGGAACAUCGAUGGACCACGCUCUCGACGAGGUCCCCUCCGCAACGUGGAGUGGAGGAAUAUCCCCUGGAAGUCGAACGACUUCCUUUGAUUUGGUCCGCUCUGAUCAGAGGACAGGACUGAACUCCCUGACUACUGGGGAAUUGAAAUUCCCGAAGGCGUAGACUUGGACCAUUUGGUGGUCACUACGUAGAGGACCUAGCUAUCCGGAUUGCUAGCUACCAGAGGGAGGGGGUGAGAUAUUGCGGAAGGGUUGUUGGUGUUGGCUUGGAGUUGGCCCCAAGGAACCAGUACCACCGGUGUGUUUCUAACGGCACAACUGUCCAGCAAGGAUCCCUCGAAAUAA